AUGAACCCCGAAGCCCGCAAUCGCUGGCGUGAAGCGGAAGCUGAUCAUCGGGACCCGGUGACAACUUUUUACUGGACGGGGAAUCAACAUUUAAUGGCAACAACAUCAAGACGAUCCCAUGGGUGCGAGACUACAGACGCACUUCUACAGGGGUCUGACAACAAGUUCACGUGGCAAUCGGACAUCGACGUGUUCAACGUGGACACGAACGACGCCGACAUCCACGGCGCCAUGCAGAUCUGUUGCCAGUGCUACGGCUACUCGAACAGUGACAGUGCUACGUGUCGUAACGUGGGCCGUGGCCACCAGUACUGCUGUGGCGGAGACAACUCCAUGUUCGACGCGUGUAUGGGCAAGUUCAACCAGUGGGGAGACGACUCUCGCGCGCAGAUCGCGCAAAAGGUCAAGCAGUCGACAGCCACGUGGAAGAUCGUCAACAGCCACUACAGUCCGUACAACCACUACGCCGAACACAACAUGAAGAAGUGGUUCGACGCACUGCGUGGCUCUGGCGUGCACAUCUGGCUGAACGGUCACACUCACGGUGAGAAGCACGAUUACUCUUCGUCGCUGGGCAUUCACUUCAUUGAGAACGGCGCUGGCGGUGGUAUCCAGAAGGAGUCGGCAAGCGGCAUCCCGUCGUAUGCCGCCCCGUUCGUGCAGAACAAGUGGACGUACGGCAGCAACGAGUACGGCUUCAUGUCGCUUCAGGCCUCCAAGGCUUGGGUGAAGCUGCAGUACCACACGGCGGACAGGUCGUGGCAGUUCGGAGAGAACUUCCAGAGCACCAAGAUCGGUGGCGUCGAGACCAAACACUGCUGGUACAUCCCGUCGGACGGCGGAGAAGGCCGUAGAUGCUAAGUCUUCAGCUGCUUGCUGGUAUAGAUGUAUGGAUUACUUGGCGGGUUGGACACAGAACUACCGUUAGACAUCGAGAAGUUUUUUUUGCCUCAUCGUGUCCGAGGAUGCGUUGCUCUUGUUGACAGUCUCAACAAGACAUUUUGCCAGUUCGAAA